AUGUCCACGAACACACAAGUUCUCGUCUCCGUCCUAGUCCUAGCCCUGAUCCAGGUCUCCCACGGCGGAGGGAUCGCGAUCUAUUGGGGUCAAAGCGGCUCCGAGACCACCUUAAACCAAACCUGUAACACCGGACUCUACAAAUACGUCAACAUAGCCUUCCUUAACAAGUUCGGUAGCGGGCGAGCCCCGGUGCUGAAUCUUGCAGGCCAUUGCAACCCUGCAAACGGUGGUUGCAGGGUCGCAAGUUCCGCCAUAAAAAACUGCCAAAGGAAAGGCAUCAAGGUAAUGCUUUCAAUCGGCGGCGGCAUCGGCCACUACUCUCUGUCUUCUAAAGCCGACGCCAAGCGGGUAGCCGCUUACUUAUACAACAACUUCUUGGGUGGAAAAUCACCUUCCCGGCCAUUAGGAAGCGCCGUGCUGAACGGUAUAGACUUUGAUAUAGAGCUCGGCUCGACCAAACACUGGGCUGAUCUCGCACGUUACUUGGCUGCAUAUAGUAAGCCUGGUAAGAAAGUUUACCUGUCGGCUGCUCCUCAGUGUCCGAUCCCUGAUAGAUUCUUGGGAGCGGCACUUAGUACUGGACUUUUCGAUUAUGUGUGGGUUCAGUUUUACAACAAUCCACCUUGCCAAUACAGUCCAGGUAACACAAGCAAGAUUCUAGCUUCGUGGAGGCGGUGGGCUAGUAUUAAGGCCAUAAAGAAGUUGUUUUUAGGGUUACCGGCGGCUAAGGCAGCUGCCGGAAGUGGUUACAUUCCACCUGGUGUGUUGAACUCUGAAAUACUUUCGAAGAUCAAGAAAUCACCCAAGUAUGGAGGUGUUAUGCUUUGGAACAGAUACUAUGAUAGGGUCAAUGGUUAUAGUGCUGCCAUUAAAAGUAAUGUAUAAACUAUAUAUUAUGAAAAUGAGCAAGCAACCUAGUAGCUAUAGCCUAUACCAAAUCUGGGGGCAAAUAAUGUGUUAAAGAAUAAGUUGCUUCAGUGUUGUUUGAAUGAAUGAAUGU